UGAAGUAAAUAUAUGCAUCAAGGAAGUUCAAAUCAGGAAGUAUUCUUUUUUAAAAGAAAUUAUCUUUUAUAUUUUAAAUCACGAUUUGUACUUACCCUGUAUUGCAUUAUAAAAAGUAAAUGUCAUCUGCUUUUGGGCUAAGGACUGUCUUUUCGUAUAAUUUCACAUAAACGAUAAGAAAACAAAGAUGUUGACGCUAAGAAGAUUUCUACGAGCUAUAUUUAUCUUGCCGUUUUCAGCAGGACAUCCUCGUAAAUAUCAAAUCAGCGGGUUUAUUUCCCAUGAUGGAAGCAUAUCCGGAUUGGUUUUCUUGGUAGGCAUUGUAGUUAUUCUCUGUGAGACUUUAGUUAUAUGUUCUGAUGGUACAUACAGUCUUUUUACAACAACAAUGACUGUUACCACGUGUUUAGGAAUUGUUAUUUGUGUGUCCCUCAGUAUUUAUGCAUCUAUAAAGCCCGAGGUUACAGUCCCGAAGGAAGACUGGGAUAUAAGUCAUAGAAUCAUGCUAAGAUUUCUGUGGCUUUUCACACUAGCAACUAUGACCUAUAGUGUCAUUUAUUUAGCUUAUCAUAUUGACUGCUUUAGAGGAUAUUUCGAUUUACUUAACGUAAGAGAGCGCAUAGUAUGUGAUUGCUUGCUUUUUAUCUUCCGACUUGUUCAAACUGGAUUUCUUACACAGUUUUCGCGCCGUUCGUUCGUUAACAAUCUUGGAUCAUAUUAUGGCUUACUCAUAUUGUUUCUUGCGAAUAUUUCGGUAAUAGUUAUUGAGUUUGUUCACGAACUACAAGAUGUCCGUGACUAUAGCGUUAAUAGUACUACCAAUUCAUCCUUAAUUUGCCUAACCAAUUCAACUACUGUUCAUGUCAUGCAGAGUGUGGAAAGCUACAUGGAUCCAGCCGUGUUAGAAUAUUCCUUGCUGGCAAUUCUAUUUGUGUCUGAGCUAUGGCCAAAGAGAUAUAACGAUGAAAGGAAAUAUUCAUGUGUUUACGAUAGUAUGAAUAAAGAUGAAACUACGAGUUUGAUAUUUUCCGAGAGUAACGAGCAUAUGAAUCGACAAAUUUCAAUUAAUUUUGUACCAAAUAAACCACGUGACAGAACAUUAGCUUUUAUAGUUAUUGCAUCUGCAGUUCUGAUAAACACUCCGUGUAUAAUUCUAUUUUCACUUCGAAUAUAUGGACCAGGAAAUCCAUCUGUAGAUAGGACAUUUAAUAUUUACAACAGCGCUGAAAUGACAGUUUUAUUACUAGUGCUUUUUAGGUGUUUUUACCUGAUACAAACUGAUUGCAUGCCCAGAGAAAAAAAUUACAAAUUUGUUGCUAAGGAUUACAUGAUUUUAGUUAGUUUCGUUGGAUCGUUGGUAUAUUAUACAAUGCGACUUGUAGCCUAUGUAAAACUGCUUCACGGCGAUAAUGCGAAUGGCAUAAAGUUAUUCAGCUAUGUUAUAAUGAUUUUUGGAGUUUACUUGCAAACUGUCUUUAUUUUUCAAAUGAAAAGCUAUGAAAGAAUACAUUCGUCAGUGUCCAAUUGUAUGUCAAUUGAAUACGCAUGUCUUUUCAUGUCGAUGAAUAAUUUAAUUAUUUGGGGAACGGACUCAUUUCUCUCUUCAACAAUAGUAUUUGCAUCUGAUGCUCCAACUCUUCUUUAUGGAAAGCAAGUAUGGGUCACAUGUUAUUUCGUUUUAUUUCCAAUUGUGAUAUUUUAUCGCUUUAAAUGCUUUGUAGCAUUUUAUGGACUCUAUCAUAAGCUGGUGAAACGAAAUGCAUGAUGUACAUGUACAACUGAAAAACAUAAUUUAUAUGAUUAUAAAUGUCGUCAUAACAUAUGUACAUAAUAAAAUAUAGGACUAGGUGUAAAAAAAACUAUAUGA